CCCGCGCUGCCUUCCCGGGAGCUCAGCUUAGCGCAGCGCAGCCAGCCUGGCCAGCUGCGCAUCCCGGUGCCCGCGCCCUGCCACCACCGCCGUGCUGCGCUGGAGCGCACGGAACAUGGCCAGAGCCGCGGGAGCUCAGGUGCUUGGUGUUCGAGGGGCUUGUGAGCAUCGGUGAUCGACUGUCACGCCCAGACAGACCUGUCUGCGGAGAUCGCCCCGAGUCUGCCUAGGCGCGGGUGACACUGCGGCGCGUUUGCAGGGUGACAGCCGCCUCGCGGUUGAGACGUCUUGGGCUCCGUGUGCCCUCCGUUUCCCCAUCCUCCGCUCUUUUGCUCAAAGAUUCACACCGGCAGGCUCCGGAGCGCGACGUGUGCGUCCCCGUAGCCUGUGUCUCUCCCUAAGGAGGCUUCUCACUUCGGAGACGCAAUGACAAGUUAAUAUGGGCGUCCACGCCUCAGUUUCCCAGGAGAAGAAUUGCCAGAGGCAGCCUUCCACGAGAGCCCAGAGCUUCUGAGCAGCCCUCCCGCUGCGACAUCCGCGCAGGUGGGACCUGCUGAGGGCAGUGACUAGCCCGCCACCCGGCAGGCGCACUCGCUGGAUUUCCCCAAUUCCCCGACCCGGGGAUUUUGUUUUUUGGUUUUUUUGUUUUUUCUUCCACUGUUGGUGGGCGCCUCCCGGGCCGAGGCCCGGCGCCUGCUCGGCUGCCCGCGCUGCCUUUAGCGGUCGCCUCCGCCGCCGCUGCCAGGGACGUGCUGGGAAAGCCAAAGCCCAGGGAGAAGAUGCCGGCCAUCCUGGUAGCCUCCAAAAUGAAAUCGGGACUGCCCAAACCGGUGCAUAGCGCCGCGCCCAUCCUGCACGUGCCCCCGGCCCGGACUGGUCCUCAACCCUGCUAUCUUAAGUUGGGAAGCAAGGUAGAGGUGAGCAAGACGGCCUACACUAGCCAAAUCCCCCUGAAAUCGCAGGGGCUGCAGGAGCCGACAGGGGAGGGGCUCCCGUUGCGGAAGAGCAGCUCUCUGGAGAACGGGUUCGAUACCCAGAUCUACACGGAUUGGGCCAAUCAUUACCUCGCUAAAUCCGGCCACAAACGCCUCAUCAAGGACCUCCAGCAAGAUGUGACCGACGGCGUGCUCCUGGCCCAGAUCAUCCAGGUCGUAGCAAAUGACAAGAUUGAAGACAUCAAUGGCUGUCCAAAGAACAGGUCGCAAAUGAUUGAAAACAUAGAUGCCUGCUUGAAUUUCCUGGCAGCUAAGGGGAUCAACACCCAGGGGCUGUCUGCAGAAGAGAUCAGGAAUGGGAACCUCAAGGCCAUUCUAGGCCUCUUCUUCAGCCUCUCCCGAUACAAGCAGCAACAGCAGCAGCAGCAGCCUGAGAAGCAGCACCUCUCAUCAUCCCCUCUGCCACCUGCCGGGUCUCAGGUGGCCGGGGCGCCUUCCCAGUGCCAGGCUGGCAUUCUUCAGCAACAGGGGCUGGCCACUCCCCAAGCCCCGUGCCAGCCCCUCCAGCCAGCUUCACAUCAGCAAGCAAAAACACAAGCGGAAAUGCAGUCCAGUGCAUCAGCCAAGGACUCAUGUCAAAGCAAAAUCAUCCGCUUCACUCUGGGUCAGAAAAAGAUCUCUAGACUCCCAGGUCCUACCGCCAGGGUGGCCGCUGCAGGCAGCGAGGCCAAAACGCGCGGAGGGUCAACUGCUGCCAACAACCGCCGGAGUCAGAGCUUUAACAACUACGACAAGUCCAAACCUGUCCCUUCUCCACCCCAACCCGCGCCAACGAGUAACCAUGAGAAAGAGCCAUUGGCCAGCUCAGCCUCCUCCCAUCCCGGAAUGAGCGAAAAUGUGCCCGCUUCCUUGGAAAGCAGCCCUUCCAUCCCUGUUAACUGCUCCUCCUCAGCCAUCCCCCAGCCCAGCAUGACCUCCAAGCCUUGGCGCAGCAAGUCCCUCAGCGUGAAGCAUAGUGCUACGUCAUCCAUGCUCUCGGUCAAACCCGCUGGGCCUGAGGCCCCCAGGCCCACACCUGAAGCCAUGAAGCCUGCCCCCAACAAUCAGAAAUCCAUGUUGGAAAAGCUCAAACUUUUCAACAGUAAGGGAGGCUCCAAAGCGGGCGAGGGCUCAGCAUCCCGGGACACGAGCUGUGAGCGGUUAGAGAUCCUGCCCAGCUUUGAAGAGAGCGAAGAGUUGGAGGUGGCUAACAGGGCGCCUCCUACUGCAGGCCCUGCAUCCAGCAGCCCCAAGAUUGCACUCAAGGGCAUUGCACAGAGGACUUUCAGCAGGGCGCUUACCAAUAAGAAGAGCUCCCCAAAGGGCAAUGAGAAAGAGAAGGAGAAACAGCAGCGGGAGAAGGAGAAGGAGACGGGCAAGGACCUCACCAAGAGAGUCUCUGUGACUGACAGGCCCGACCUCAAGGAAGAACCCAAGGAAGAGCUCAGUGGGGUGGUUGUGACUGAGAUGCCCAAAAAGUCCUCCAAGAUCGCCAGCUUCAUCCCCAAAGGCGGGAAGCUCAGCAGCACCAAGAAGGAGACCACAGCUCCAUCCCACAGCGGCAUACCAAAACCAGGGAUGAAGAACAUGCCUGGGAAGUCCCCAAGUGCCCCCAUACCUCCCAAGGAAGGAGAGAGGAGCAGAGGGAAGCUGAGCUCAGGGCUUCCUCCCCAGAAGCCCCAGCUGGACAGCAGGCACUCUAGCUCCUCCUCCAGCCUGGCAUCCUCAGAGGGGAAAGGCCCCGGAGGGACCACUCUGAACCACAGCAUCAGCAGCCAAACCGUCAGCGGCUCCAUCGGGACCACACAGACCACUGGAAGCAAUACCGUCAGUGUCCAGCUACCUCAGCCUCAGCAGCAAUACAGCCAUCCCAACACAGCCACGGUUGCACCUUUUCUGUACAGGUCCCAGACGGACACCGAAGGGAACGUCACUGCCGAGUCCAGCUCAGCGGGUGUGAGCAUGGAGCCCAGCCACUACACCAAGAGUGGACAGCCUGCUCUGGAGGAACUCACUGCGGAAGACCCGGAGGCUCGGCGACUUCGGACAGUGAAGAACAUCGCAGACCUAAGACAGAAUUUAGAAGAGACCAUGUCCAGUUUACGGGGAACUCAGGUUACGCACAGUACGUUAGAAACCACGUUUGACACCAACGUCACCACAGAGAUAAGCGGCCGCAGCAUCCUCAGCCUCACGGGAAGACCCACUCCCCUGACCUGGAGACUCGGACAGUCCAGCCCCCGGCUCCAGGCGGGAGAUGCCCCUUCGAUGGGCAAUGGGUAUCCACCUCGAGCCAAUGCCAGCCGCUUCAUCAGUGCCGAGGCAGGCCGCUACGUGUACUCUGCUCCUCUGAGAAGGCAACUGGCCUCCAGGGGCAGCAGCAUCUGCCAUGUGGAUGUCUCGGACAAGGCGGGCGAUGAAGUAGACCUGGAAGGCAUCAGCAUGGACGCCCCUGGCUACAUGAGUGAUGGCGACGUCCUGAGCAAGAACAUCCGGACUGAUGACAUCACUAGCGGGUAUAUGACCGAUGGCGGACUUGGCCUUUACACUCGUCGCCUGAACCGGCUUCCUGAUGGGAUGGCUGUGGUGCGAGAGACCCUACAACGAAAUACCUCCCUGGGCCUCGGAGAUGCUGACAGCUGGGAUGACAGCAGCUCCGUCAGCAGCGGCAUCAGCGACACCAUAGACAACCUCAGCACGGAUGACAUCAACACCAGCUCAUCCAUCAGCUCCUAUGCCAACACGCCUGCCUCCUCCCGGAGAAACCUGGAUGUGCAGACUGACGCUGAGAAGCACUCACAGGUGGAGAGGAAUUCCCUGUGGUCUGGUGACGACAUCAAGAGAUCAGAUGGAGGCUCAGACAGUGGCGUGAGGAUGGAGCCGGGCUCCAAGUGGAGGCGGAACCCUUCAGACAUGUCCGAUGAGUCGGACAAAAGUGUGUCUGGCAAGAAGAAUCCAGUCCUCUCACAGACAGGCUCAUGGAGGAGAGGCAUGACAGCAGAGGUGGGCAUCACCAUGCCAAGGACCAAGCCAUCAGCUCAGACGGGCACCCUGAAGACCCCAGGGACUGGAAAAACAGACGAUGCCAAGGUGUCUGAGAAGGGAAGGCUUUCGCCUAAAGCUUCCCAGGUCAAGCGCUCCCCGUCGGAUGCUGGCCGCAGCAGUGGGGACGAAUCCAAAAAGACCCUCCCCAGCAGCUCUAGGACACCCACGGCCAAUGCCAACAGCUUUGGGUUCAAGAAACAGAGUGGCUCUGCUGCUGGGCUGGCCAUGAUCACAGCCAGUGGGGCCACUGUCACCAGCAGGUCUGCCACACUGGGUAAAAUCCCCAAGUCAUCUGCCCUCGUCGGUCGGUCCACGGGUCGGAAAACAAGCAUGGACGGAGCCCCAAACCAGGACGAUGGGUAUCUGUCCCUCAGCUCCCGGACGAACUUACAGUACCGGAGCCUGCCUAGGCCCAGCAAGUCCAGCAGCCGGAACGGAGCAGGGAAUAGGUGUAGCACCAGCAGCAUCGACUCUAACAUGAGCAGCAAGUCAGCAGGCCUGCCCGUGCCCAAGCUGAGGGAGCCCUCCAAAACAUCCCUGGGCAGCUCCCUACCGGGGCUUGUCAACCAGACGGACAAGGAGAAAGGUAUCUCUUCAGACAACGAGAGCGUGGCUUCCUGCAACUCUGUGAAGGUGAACCCAGCCACCCAACCAGUGUCCAACUCAACUCAGGCCACUCUGCAGCCAGGGACCAAGUACGCAGACGUGGCUUCUCCCACACUCCGCAGACUCUUUGGUGGGAAGCCUACCAAGCAAGUCCCCAUCGCCACAGCCGAAACCAUGAAAAGCGCAGUGGUCAUCUCCAACCCUCAUGCCACUAUGACCCAGCAAGGUAACCUAGAGUCCCCAUCAGGCAGUGGUGUCCUGAGCAGUGGGAGCAGCAGUCCUCUCUACAGUAAGAACGUGGACCUCAACCAGUCUCCUCUAGCGUCCAGCCCCAGCUCAGCCCACUCAGGCCCUUCUAACAGCCUCACCUGGGGUACCAGCUCGUCGGCAGUGAGCAAGGAUGGCUUGGGCUUCCAGUCUGUUAGCAGCCUGCACACCAGCUGUGAGUCUAUUGACAUAUCCCUCGGCAGCGGAGGGGGCUUGAGUCACAACUCCUCCCCUGGUCCAGUCGCCUCCACUAAGGAAGACUCCUUGAUGCCUUUUGUCCGCACCAGCAGUGUGAAGACCACACUGUCAGAAAGCCCUCUCUCUUCCCCUGCUGCUAGCCCUAAGUUCUGCAGAAGUACUCUGCCCAGGAAGCAGGACAGUGACCCGCACCUUGAUAGGAACACUUUGCCUAAGAAAGGACUCAGGUAUACACCCACCUCCCAGCUUCGCACGCAGGAAGACGCCAAAGAAUGGUUCCGGUCCCACUCAGCGGGAGGUCUGCAGGAGACGGCUACCAACUCCCCCUUUUCCUCUGGCUCUAGUGUCACUUCUCCUUCUGGAACAAGAUUCAACUUCUCUCAGCUUGCGAGUCCCACCGCCGUCACCCAGAUGAGCUUGUCCAACCCGACGAUGCUGAGGACCCACAGCCUGUCCAAUGCGGACGGCCAGUAUGACCCCUAUACCGACAGCCGCUUCCGGAACAGCUCCAUGUCUCUGGACGAGAAGAGCCGAACGAUGAGUCGAUCGGGCUCCUUCCGGGAUGGGUUUGAGGAAGAAUUAUGGAAGGAAAGUUCUACGGGUGGCUUUGUCAGCUGUCUUCAUAACUCACUUCGUUUCUCUCGCCCUCCGCUCCUUCACCCGAGACAUAGGCUCAUUCAUGGAUCCUCCCUGUCCUUGGUUUCCAGCACAUCCUCCAUCUACUCUACGCCAGAAGAAAAAUGCCAGUCAGAGAUUCGAAAGCUGCGGCGAGAGCUGGAUGCCUCCCAGGAAAAGGUGUCUGCGCUGACCACCCAGCUGACUGCAAAUGCUCACCUUGUGGCAGCCUUUGAGCAGAGUCUGGGAAACAUGACCAUCAGGCUGCAGAGUUUAACUAUGACUGCCGAGCAGAAGGAUUCAGAACUGAAUGAGUUAAGAAAAACCAUCGAGCUGCUAAAGAAACAGAAUGCAGCUGCCCAGGCUGCCAUUAAUGGAGUAAUUAACACACCAGAGCUCAACUGCAAAGGAAAUGGCAGUGCCCAGGCUACAGACCUACGCAUCCGCAGGCAGCACUCCUCCGACAGUGUCUCCAGUAUCAAUAGUGCCACCAGCCAUUCGAGUGUUGGCAGUAACAUAGAGAGUGACUCGAAGAAAAAGAAGAGGAAAAACUGGGUCAAUGAGUUACGCAGCUCCUUCAAGCAAGCUUUUGGAAAGAAGAAAUCCCCCAAGUCAGCAUCCUCUCACUCAGACAUCGAGGAGAUGACGGAUUCUUCGUUGCCCUCCUCACCAAAACUGCCACACAAUGGAUCCACAGGCUCUACCCCGCUGCUGAGGAACGCCCACUCAAACUCCCUCAUUUCCGAGUGUAUGGACAGCGAAGCCGAGACCGUCAUGCAGCUACGAAAUGAGCUGAGAGACAAGGAGAUGAAGCUGACAGACAUCCGCCUGGAAGCGCUCAGCUCCGCUCACCAGUUGGACCAGCUCCGAGAGGCCAUGAACAGGAUGCAGAGUGAAAUCGAGAAGCUGAAAGCCGAGAAUGACCGACUGAAGUCCGAGUCCCAAGGCAGUGGCUGCAGCCGGGCCCCCUCCCAGGUGUCCAUCUCUGCUUCCCCAAGGCAGUCUUUAGGGCUCUCACAGCAUAGCCUGAACCUCACAGAGUCUACGAGUCUAGACAUGUUGCUGGAUGACACUGGUGAAUGCUCGGCUCGGAAGGAAGGAGGCAGGCAUGUUAAGAUAGUUGUCAGCUUUCAGGAGGCAAUGAAGUGGAAGGAGGACUCCAGACCGCACCUCUUCCUCAUUGGCUGCAUUGGAGUUAGUGGCAAAACAAAGUGGGACGUGCUCGAUGGGGUGGUUAGACGGCUGUUCAAAGAAUACAUCAUUCAUGUGGAUCCAGUGAGCCAGCUGGGGCUGAAUUCAGACAGUGUUCUCGGCUACAGCAUUGGCGAGAUCAAGCGCAGCAACACCUCGGAGACCCCCGAGCUCCUCCCCUGUGGCUAUCUCGUGGGAGAGAACACCACCAUCUUGGUGACCGUCAAAGGGCUCACGGAAAAUAGCCUAGACUCUCUGGUGUUCGAGUCCCUGAUCCCCAAGCCCAUCCUGCAGCGCUACGUUUCCCUGCUGACAGAGCACCGGCGGAUCAUCCUCUCGGGCCCCAGCGGCACUGGCAAAACCUACCUGGCCAACCGGCUCUCCGAGUACGUGGUACUCCGGGAAGGACGGGAGUUGACAGAUGGCGUCAUUGCGACCUUUAAUGUGGACCACAAGUCCAGCAAGGAACUGCGCCAGUAUCUGUCCAACCUGGCUGACCAGUGCAACAGCGAGAACAAUGCCGUGGAUAUGCCUCUAGUCAUCAUCCUGGACAACCUGCACCACGUGAGCUCCCUGGGCGAGAUCUUCAACGGGCUGCUUAACUGCAAAUACCAUAAAUGCCCUUACAUCAUCGGCACGAUGAACCAGGCUACCUCUUCCACCCCUAACCUGCAGCUUCAUCAUAACUUCAGGUGGGUGCUUUGCGCCAACCACACGGAGCCCGUGAAGGGUUUCCUUGGCCGCUUCCUGAGGAGGAAGCUCAUGGAAACGGAGAUCAGUGGGCAGGUGCGCAAUGCAGAGCUGGUGAAAAUCAUCAACUGGAUCCCGAAGGUCUGGCAUCACCUCAACCGCUUCCUGGAGGCCCACAGCUCGUCGGAUGUCACCAUCGGUCCCCGUCUCUUCCUGUCAUGUCCCAUUGACGUGGAUGGUUCCAGAGUGUGGUUCACCGACCUGUGGAACUACUCCAUAAUCCCCUACCUCCUGGAAGCUGUCAGAGAAGGACUCCAGCUCUACGGAAGGCGUGCCCCCUGGGAGGACCCGGCCAAGUGGGUAAUGGACACCUACCCCUGGGCUGCCAGCCCCCAGCAGCAUGAGUGGCCCCCGCUCCUGCAGCUCCGGCCUGAGGACGUGGGCUUCGAUGGCUACUCCCUGCCUCGGGAGGGGUCGACAAGCAAGCAGGUGCCCCCCAGCGACACUGAAGGAGACCCACUGAUGAACAUGUUGAUGAGGUUACAGGAGGCGGCCAACUACUCCAGCCCCCAGAGCUACGACAGCGACUCGAACAGCAACAGCCACCAAGACGACAUCCUGGACUCAUCCCUAGAGUCCACCCUGUGACCGAGGCCCCCGCUUUCCCUCUCUUCAUCCCACCCGGCAUCCUCCACUUCAUUCUGAAGAUGACUUCCUGAGCCAGCCCGGGCUGCCACAGCCUUGAAGCCAGAGCAGAGUAGCAGGAGCGGGAGACCCUCGUCCCUUGCGCUCUGCCCUUGCAUGAGCAGCCCAGGACCUCUUCCUCCAACAGUGACAACUGUCCUAGCCUCUGUUCUACCCUCAUUCUCGUUUUCUGCCUUGUCGCCGUGACCUCCACGAGACACUGAAAAUACUUCAUGGGAAAGGAUCCUCACCGCUGAAAUAUAAAGAGUUUAAAUGGAUAUUUUAAAUGUAAGAUUCCACUUGGUGCCCUGAAACCCAACAGCAUCCCUCCACACGCUACCCCCCCCAGACAGAAAAGACUAAACCCAACACAGACAGUAGGGCUUCCCCUAGUACAGACCCGCCAGCUUGGGUCUGGCCACCAGCACCCCAGAGCCAUGCCACCCACCCUCCACGGAAGAAUUGGUGCUAAUGAGGGCGCCUGCUUGGAGCGCCACCCAGGGACACCAGUAGAUCACGUGUCUCAGUUUUCCACAUGGUGCUCUCCUUCCCGAGAGGUAUUCUGUCUAUUCCCGUGCGCCCUUUCCCCUGUUUCCGGUCCGUCAGCCCGGAUGAUCCGUGAGAGCGAGUGAAGACGCGAGAAUGUGAGUGAGCGGAUGGGGCUAGCAACACGGUAAAGUGCGCCCGUUUCCUUUGUUUGUCCAAACGGUCGGGUUUCUGUCCGCAAACACUGUGUACUGUGUGAGUAGUUCUUUGGAGAACUAUCGACCCCUGCCUGUGUCUGCCUUUCUUCCUGGUUGAUUGUGAAGGCCCCUUUCCCUCCCCAACCCCUGAACCCUACUCCUUUGACCAGAAUUAGUCCUUUGGUGAAAUCAAGAGCUAAAUAGAAUUUGCCUCCUCCCUCAACCUGGGAUUUCCAGUGUCCGUUAUCACAGUUUUGGGGCCCUCGACACCACCUUCUGGGGCUCUGUGGGCAUUUGUAUCCUUGCAGAUAGAUGAGGACCAGUUCUCCUGUGGGUGAGCCACGGACCUUGCCUUUCCUUCUCGUCUCUGAGAUCUGAGAACCCCACAUCAUCACCUCAGGCACCCCAGACCCCAGUUGCAGGAGGAGUUGACGAUGCCCCCCUCACCAAACACUGGCACUUUCCUCAGAACCAACGGGACACAGCUUAGCCAGGGAGGGGCGGCCACCCUUCCCAGAAUCCUGGCCGUGCCUCCGUCCUGAUGAGCCUUGCCUGACCUCUUCGGUGCUGACCGCCCCCAUGCAAUGCCUUACUGGUUUCGUACUGACCAUGUCCAUUCACAUGAGUGUUGUGCCUGCCUGGGGUUGUGUGUGUGUGUGUGUGUGUGUGUCUCCCCCAUCGAAGUAAACAGGGCUAUAAGUCAUCUAUCCAUGAAGAGAAUACAAGUUGCUGACUUCUCAUCCGAAAGAGUCAUCUGUGUGGACGUAUGAUUGAGAGAGAGAGAGAGAGAGAGAGAGAGAGAGAGAGAGAGAGAGAGAGAGAGAGAGAGAGAGAGAUCUAUGUUUUUUAGGCUCCUAUCAGUCUCCAGUCAACUCACUAGACAGUGACCCCACAAAUCCAUGUGACCUUGUAAACCCAUGCUCUAGGAGACAUACCCCAGUGUGCCAUGGCUUCAGCACACUAGUGUUCUCCUCACCGUAUGGACAUCUUUGGGCUCUUUGUGUUUUAUAGAGACUUUCCUGGCCCCACCGAGGGUGUCUCUGUUAACAAUCAGGGUUUUUAUCCCAUCUUUUGCUAUUCUAUUCUUGAAUGUUUGUCUCUCCAGUUUUUUUGUUUUUUGUUUUUUUUUUGGUGUGUGUUUUUUUUUUUUUCUUACCCUAAGAGUUUGACCCAGAACUGCUCACUUUGCUUGGAAUGGCACUGGCUUUCUUCCUCGUUGAAAGGAAGGAGAACGUGUCCUGUUAACUGGUGAAUGGAAACAUUUCCACUCCCUGCUGUAAUCCCAGACCUAGCCUGCCUUGGCUACUAGUAUGGAUGCGAGUGUGUCUUCUACUGUUUUGUUUGUAAUAAAAGUUUAAAACCAUAUGUCUAGCCUGUGACCAGGGCCAAACCCUGAGCCUUCCAGUGCCCCUGAAGGGUCGCCCUUCUCAGUCUAUCUCCCAGCAACGGCCGUACACUCUCAUACUGUGAAUUUGGGAGGUGGGAAAAUCAAACCCGUCCCCAUGCAUAGUUUUCUCAGUCACCUUAGGAAUACACCCCGCCAACAUUGCUUAGAACUGUUUUUUUAACGACACCCUCUGCCUGCUCUCCACACCCAGACUUCUCUCUCCCACCACAUCCAGGAUCGGAAACUGCAACGCGUGUACCCAUUGCUGCCUGACUUGGUUUUGUAGUCCCUGAGAGCCUCCCAGCUCAGCCACCUUCCUGAAGCACUGGGAGGCGGGGCUGUCUGAAAGGCACGUUUCUGACCGGGUCAUGAUUUUUCCUUUCCUGUUGCUCGACCUUGGACAAAGUGACUUUGUACUCACUUAGAGCUCUGUCUGAAAUGCUCCCCUUUUUUUCUGUAGAUAGGCUCAUUUUGAAAUGUAAGAAAUCCUAUGCAACUGCCGAUGGUGGGAGCCAAAAGUUUUCUUCCCAGGAGGCCCAGAAUUCCACAGACGUCCUUUUAACUUAAGGUUGGGGGUGGGAGGGUGGGAGUGUGACAAGGGCAUUACUUGGCCCUGAUCUUCCUCCGACCUUGAGGACAUUUUAAAUUUUAUUGUUUAAUGCUCGGCUUUAAAGUUCUGUGUGCUCAGAUCUGACCGUGGCAAACCUGCUUUCAGAAAGCAAAAAAACGAUCCAGCCUCGUGGAUACGGAAAUGGGGGGUUUGCUGUUUUGACCCGCUUGUCUCGAGCCGAGCGGUUCAUGAAACGUGUUCUAUAAGAUGUACAUUUUUUUUUCCUCAUUGUAACAUAGAGACUGUAAAUAACCGGCGAAACUGCUGCAUUUUGAUGACUUUUUUCUAGCCAUUUUUAAAGAGAAAACUAGGAAUUGAGUAUUUUGUGUACGGUAUGUUUCCACCGCUCCCCCGCCCCCCACCCACUCCUCCCUCUCCCUAUUUAAUUCUCAUGUGUCAUCAGGUUUUUGGGUUUGAGAACAAUCCGCUGGAGAUCUGCCCCGUGUCAUAGAGAAUAAAACUGACGAUUGUACCAGUCUUAAAUUAUUCAUGAUUCAAUAAACUUAAUGCUUAUUUAUUCAGA